UAUACGAAACUGUUAUUCUACAAUGAUAUCUUGUAAGGUCAUAGUCACAUUAUUGAUUACGAUAUUAGCUACUGAAAAUAUUGUAGUACAAGGAUUACAGAGAAUGGCUAGGACAUGUUCUGCAAAGUGCAAAGGAAAUGAUUGUCACUCAAAAUGCCUGGGUAGCAUGUCCACUUCAAUGGCAGUAGGUUUUAACUCAACGGCUAUGACAACUGGAGAUCUCUCCUCAGUCGAAUGCUAUGGGCCAUUUUGUGAAGCAAAGUGCGAAGGUGUUUUAAAUAUUUGUACGUCGAAGUGUUUUGGGCGAGUUUGCCAUUCAAAGUGCCAAGCCGGAUCUUGUUUGACCUUGAGUAAUGGACCUUCAGCAAGAGCGAGCUGCACAGGACAUCAAUGCAGAUCUAAUUGCACAGGAAUCAACUGCUUAUCAGAGUGUCAUGGAACGAGCUGCAUUUCAGAGUGUCAUUCAAAGAAGUGUGAAGCACGCUGCAUCGGAUCGUUGUGUAAAUCAUUGUGCUCUGGAUACAAUUGUCAUAAGACGAUGAACUAAUAACUGUAAAAUUUUCUUUCAUUUAUUACGAAUGUUAAUAUUAAAAAAUAAAGUAUGUUUAUAUA